AUGGCUGCAAAUAUAGUUUUGUUAUCAAUUAAAUGAUAUGUUGUGAUCUGUUUGCGAUAUUAUCAAUGCAUCUGAUAAUAAUUGAUGAAGACGCGAUGAAUCAGUGCAGACUUCAUUGUUCAACGUUGAGGUGAAGUAAAGUAUUUUUUCUAAAAUACCACAACUGUGCAUAGACUUUUAUAUAGUAUAUAGAGUAUUUAGAUAUUGUGGAAAAUUAUGGAUACCGCGGAGUUAGGUGAUGACAGUUUCAUUAAAAAUCGAAAAUUCAAGGAUAAGCCCCCUUUGUGGGAUACUUUUCAAGAUCCACCAUCUAGAAGAGCAACAGGAUCGGCAGCGAGUUGGACGAAACUGGGAUGCCUGUUAAAGGUUUUCAAGUUACUUACUUAUGGCUUGGUGUUUUUGGUGAUACUAGGAACGGCCGUUGUAUCGAAAUUAUGUUUCCUCUUAAUGGUAGCGCAGUUUCGUUCGAAUGCGACUGUGAAGAUUUGCAACACUCUAGAUGAAAAUAGUUUGUUUACCCGAGCUUUACCGAAAGAGGAGCAGUGUGCCUGGCUUUGGGCAUUGAUAUUUGCAUUUUCUACGCCUGAAGUACUUACGUUUUUUCGAGCUUUGCGCAUUUGUACUUUCAAAGAUGUUAAAUCACCCACCUGGACGGAAGUUGCGCUGGUUUUAAUUUUUGAAAUUUUGCACACCAUUGGGCUGGCAUUAUUGGUGUUUUACGUAAUGCCGCAGUUGGAUUCGGUGCGAGCUCUAAUGAUUUGUAACGGGGUUUGUUUCAUACCCAGUAUUCUUAAUAUUGGUUGGGAAUCUAACAUUACCAGGCGAUCCAUUUUCAAUUUAGUAAUCGGAGUUUUGGCAAUUAUGGCUCAAAUGAGUGCUUUAGUGGUGUGGCCAGCAUUUUCAUCCAGUUCGGCUGUACAUUUAAUCGCUCUUCCACUAGUACUCAUCUCAAUGCGUUGGUGGGAAAACUACACAACCUCAUCUUCUGCUUUAGGACACAUAUUGAAAAUUUUUCAACGAAGUCGUUCUAGAUAUCAGACUUACCUCUAUCUCUCGCCCGUAAAAAUUAUUUUGUUCUCUCUAAUUGGACUUGGCUUGCAUGGUUAUCCUAUAACUGAAUAUUUUUCUACUUUCAUGAAAGCUUGGCAAUCGCAUGAAAUAUUAGUUUAUAGCGGCGAGCUUGCAGAUAAAUCGCUGUUUACACUGUCAACUAAUGCUAAUACCGUUAUAUAUGUUCUACUGCUGCAAGUGUGCUCCUCAUAUUUAUGCUAUGUAUUUGCAAAAUUCGCCUGCAAAAUAAAAAUACAAGAGUUUAGCUUCUCAUUGCCGUUGAGUCUGGCUGGACCCACAUCUAUUGCCAUUGCCUUGUGGCUGGUUUGGUUGCGUGACACGAAUGAGUGCGCUUUCCACAGAUUUAUUCCUGAUUAUUUGAGCCUAACUGGAAAUUCAUAUAAUGACUUACUCAGCGCUAUUAUCGAAAACAGGCUAUGGAUAUGGCCGUUAUGGUGGUUAUCCCAAUUAUGGAUAACACGACAUAUUUGGGGUCCACGAAAUGAGAAAAACGCUCCAACAGAAAAAUUAUUCAUAUGUCCAUGGUAUUGCGGAUUUUUGGUCGAUCAGUGCAUAACAAUGAAUCGACGUAUCAUUGACUUAAACGAGGAGUGCUUGACAAGAAAGGAUGAAUUGUCACCGGUUACAGCGACAGACAUCUUGGAAAGCGAUAAAAUACCACAGUUGAUCGUGUGUGCAACAAUGUGGCAUGAAACACAGGAAGAAAUGAUGGAGUUUUUAAAAUCUAUUGUCCGCUUAGAUGAAGACCAGUGUGCCCGACGUAUGGCAAAGCUACACAUAAAUGGUGGCAAAUCGGAUAACGAAUACUAUGAGUUCGAGACCAAUAUAUUUUUCGAUGACGCUUUUGUGCUGGAUGAAAAAUUAUGUGAAAAUCCUCGCAAUCCACCGAUGAACGAAUAUGUGAAAACUCUUAUCAUCAGCAUCGAGAAGGCAUGCUUCGAAGUAUACGGCGUUAAUAUGAAAAUAAAACCUCCUGUUAAAACUGAAACUCCUUAUGGUGGCCGCCUUGUCUGGACACUGCCAGGUCGCUCUAAAAUGAUUGCCCACCUUAAAAAUAAGGAUAAAAUCAGGCACAAAAAGCGUUGGUCCCAAGUCAUGUACAUGUAUUAUUUACUUGGAUUUCGUAUUAUGGAACUGGAGGGUGUAUCGGCGCGUCGCAAAGCGGUUAUAGCUGAGAAUACAUUUUUAUUGGCAUUAGACGGUGAUAUUGAUUUUCAACCGCAGGCUGUACAGCUUUUGAUAGAUCGUAUGAAAGCCAUUGACGAAUUGGGUGCUGCUUGUGGACGAAUUCAUCCCGUCGGCCGUGGACCUAUGGUGUGGUAUCAGAUAUUCGAAUAUGCUAUAGGUCAUUGGCUGCAAAAGGCCACAGAACACGUAAUCGGUUGUGUUCUCUGCAGUCCGGGCUGUUUUAGUCUAUUUCGUGGCAGUGCCCUUAUGGAGAAUAGUGUAAUGAAGAAGUAUACAACGGUAUCGAGUGAACCCAUGCAUUAUGUUCAAUAUGAUCAAGGCGAAGAUCGUUGGUUGUGUACGUUAAUUUUGAAGCAGGGUUUACGUGUUGAAUAUUCAGCAGCGUCGGAUGCUUACACUCAUUCACCGGAGAUGUUUAACGAGUUCUAUAAUCAACGGCGACGUUGGGUUCCAUCCACAAUUGCAAAUAUAUUUGAUUUGCUAUCGGAUGCCGAUAUGGUGGUGAAGAACAAUAGCUCUAUAUCAACACCCUAUAUUGCAUAUCAGGCUAUGUUAAUGGUCGGUACAAUUUUGGGACCGGGCACAAUAUUUUUGAUGAUGGUGGGCGCUUUGGUCGCUGUUUUUAGUACAAGCAUUUGGAGCUCUUUUUUAUGGAAUUUCAUUCCUGUGCUAUGCUUCAUUUUGUCCUGCGUAUAUUUAAAGCAGAAAUUUCAGCUCUUAAUCGCCUUCGUGAUAAGUUCAAUGUAUUGUUUGGUAAUGAUGGCUGUCUUGAUUGGCAUAAUCAUACAGAUGAUCGACGAUGGACCUCUGGCACCAGCUUCACUAUUCUUUCUGCUUGUGUUUAUGCAAAUCUUUAUUGCUGGUGUAGUCCAUCCACAAGAGGUCGGUGCGUUAAUUUGCGGUUUUAUUUACUACAUAACUAUUCCUUCCAUGUAUAUGCUUCUACUUAUCUAUUCGGUUUUCAAUAUGAAUGAUGUUUCAUGGGGUACUAGGGAAGUAGCAGUGAAAAAGGAUGAUGAAAGUGGUCUUGCGCCAGGUGAUGAUGCUGAAGAAGGACGUGAAUAUUUACCCGGCUGGGUGAACGAUCCGUUAUUAGUUGAUUCGGAGUUAGGCGAGAUAUCGCUUAAAGAGAAACGUUUUUGGAAGGAUCUAAUUAAACAAUAUUUACGUCCAUUAUUUCAUACGAAGGAUAAGAAAGCUGAAAUUGCUGAAAGUUUGCGAGAAUUGCGCAAUAUGUUUGCCUUUGCUUUCAUUAUGAUCAAUUCCAUAUUCGUUCUAAUUGUAUUCUUACUGCAAUUGAAAAAGGAUUACUUGCAUCUCGAGUGGCCGAUCGAUCCAAAGGAUUAUAUAACAUACGACGAUACUAAUUCCCAAAUAUACAUAUAUCGACAGCAUAAGGAGUUGGAUCCUAUUGGCUUGUGUUUUGUUUUAUUUUUUGGUCUUAUUUUGGUCAUACAAUUUAUUGCAAUGUUUUUCCAUCGCUUCGCCACCAUAUCUCAACUAUUGGCCACAACACAAUUGGAUUGGUUUCGAGCGCCGAGCACAAUUACAGACGAAGAUGCCGCUCAAGAAAUACGCGGUAAUGCCGUAAAUAUUGCUCGUCAGUUGCAACGUCCGAAACGUUUCGAUGAAGACGAUGAGGAUUCGUCAUUUGACGACGAACAAGAGUUGAAUGGUGAAGAAAGUGGGGAUAAAAAUAAUGGCAUGACGCGUCGUCAUACAAUUUUCAAAUUGCACGAGAGUCGAAAUAAGACACCGACCGAUUAUAGUGACUUGCCUCGAAAUUUCGAACGUCGUUUUCUGGGCGAAGAUGAAUUAAGGGUAAAACACAUUUCGAUGAGCAGAAAAUCUCUAAUUAUGUUGAAUGAAAGUCGCUGCUUGGCAAAGCAUCGCUUGACGGAGCAGUUGAAACGGAAUACUGACUUUAAUAAAAAUCCUGUGCCUUUUAUUCAAACUGGGUACGCGAACGCAGCUUUCGAGCCUCCCAUCGCUAUCAUUUCCAAUAAUUUCAAUAGCGUAAGCGAUUGGCAGUCUUCAUAAAUUGAAUUGUAAAGUAACCGAAACGUCAAGUAUAAAAAGCAAAAUCUGAAA